AUGGAUCACUCAUUCAGCGGGGCGCCCCGAUUCCUGACCCGGCCCAAGGCCUUUGUGGUGUCGGUGGGCAAGGAUGCCACUCUGAGUUGCCAGAUCGUGGGCAACCCUACGCCUCAGGUGAGCUGGGAGAAGGACCAGCAGCCGGUGGAGGCGGGCGCUCGCUUCCGCCUGGCCCAGGACGGCGACCUGUACCGCCUCACCAUCCUGGACCUGGCCCUGGGCGACAGCGGGCAGUAUGUGUGCCGUGCGCGCAACGCCAUCGGCGAGGCCUUCGCGGCUGUGGGUCUGCAGGUGGAUGCCGAGGCCGCUUACGCCGAGCAGGCGCCCCAUUUCCUGUUGCGGCCCACGUCCAUCCGAGUGCGCGAGGGCGCCGAGGCUACCUUCCGCUGCCGCGUGGGCGGCUCGCCGCCCAUGGCAGUGAGCUGGGCCAAGGAUGGGCGGCGCCUGGGCGCGCCCGACGCCCCCCGAGUACGCGUGGAGGCCAGCGGUGAGGCCAGCGCGCUGCGCAUCCAGUCCGUGCGGCCGCGCGACGGCGGCACGUACACGGUGCGCGCGGAAAACCCUUUGGGCGCCGCUAGCGCCGACGCCGCGCUUACGGUGGACGCGGACCCAGAUGCUGCCCCGCCAGGGUCCUCCACAGCCGGGCUUCUGGCGCACCUGCAACGGCGGCGGGAGGUGAUGCGCGCCGAGGGCAUCCCGGCUUCGCCACCCGGCUCAGGCAUGCGCACCUGCACGGUGACUGAAGGCAAGCACGCGCGCCUCAGCUGCUACGUGACGGGCGAGCCUAAGCCGGAAACGGUGUGGAAGAAGGAUGGCCAGCUGGUAGUGGAGGGCCGGCGUCACCUGGUGUACGAGGACGCUCAGGAGAACUUUGUGCUCAAGAUCCUCUUCUGCAAGCAGUCGGACCGGGGCCUCUACACCUGCACGGCAUCCAACCUGGUGGGCCAAACCUACAGCUCCGUGCUGGUCGUCGUGCGAGAGCCCGCUGUACCCUUCAAGAGGCGACUUCAGGACCUGGAGGUGCAGGAGAAGGAGUCGGCCACGUUCCAGUGCGAGGUGCAGCUGCCGUCCACGGAGGCCACGUGGUACAAGGAGGAGACGCGGCUGUGGGCCAGCGCCAAGUAUGGCAUCGAGGAGGCGGGCACUGAGCGCCGGCUCACAGUGCGCAACGUCUCAGCCGACGACGACGCUGUCUACAUCUGCGAGACCACGGAGGGCAGCCGCACAGUGGCUGAGCUCGCGGUGCAAGGCAACCUCAUCCGGAAGCUCCCGAGGAAGACCGCGGUACGAGUGGGUGACACGGCCAUGUUCUGUGUGGAGCUGGCCAGGCAGGAGGGCCCCAUCCGCUGGCUGAGGAACCAGGAGGAGGUGGUGGCUGGGGGCCGCGUGGCCAUCACCACAGAAGGCACGUGCCACACGCUGACCAUCUCCCAGUGCAGCCUGGAGGACAUGGGCGAGGUGACCUUCACUGCUGGUGACUGCCGGACGUCCACCCAGUUCUUUGUGUCUGCCCCUAGGAGGCCGCCCCUGCACGCCCCUGAGGCCCCAGUGGUAAAGGCCAGGACAGAGUUCUCCGUCACCCUCGCCUGGUCUCCACCACCUCACGGGGACCUCCCUGUCCCCAUCGAUGGUUAUCUGGUGGAAAAGAAGCGGCUUGGUGCCUAUGCCUGGAGCCGGUGCCACAAGGCGGAGUGGGUGGCUGAGCACAAGCUGACCGUGGCCAACGUGGCUGAGGAGGGGGACUUCCAGUUCCGGGUAUCAGCUGUAAACAGCUUUGGCCAGAGCCCCUACUUGGAGUUCCCAGGGACUGUCCACCUGGCCCCCCAGCUGGCCGUGAAGACACCUCUGAAGGCAGUGGAGGCAGUGGAGGGUGGCGAGGUGACCUUCUCUGUGGACCUCACUCUGGCCUCGGCGGGCGAGUGGUUCCUGGAUGGCCAGCCCCUGAAGGCCAGCAGCGUGUAUGUGAUCUGCCACGAUGGCACGCGGCAUGCCCUCACCAUCCGCUCUGUGUCUGCCAGCCUGAAUGGCGCUGAGCUCAAGUUCAUGGCCAAUGGCAUUGAGAGCAGCAUCCGCAUGGAGGUCCGAGCGGCCCCAGGGCUGACCACCAAGCGUCCAGUAGCAGCCGUGAGGGAAGUGCUGGCCCGGUUGCAUGAGGAGGCGCAGCUCCUGGCCGAACUGUCAGACCAGGCCGCGGCGGUGACAUGGCUGAAGGAUGGUCACGCACUGCCCCCAGGCCCCAAGUACGAGGUGCAGGCAAGCGCCGGGCAGCGGGCGCUGCUGGUGCGUGACGUGGUUCGAGACGAUGCUGGCCUGUACGAGUGUGUCAGCCGUGGGGGCCGCAUCGCCUACCAGCUGUUGGUGCAAGGGCUCACUCCCUUUCUGCACAAGGACACAGCUGGUGGCUUCGUGGAUGUUGUGGCUGGGGGCCCGGUGCACUUUGAAUGUGAGACUUCUGAGGCCCAGGUUCGUGUGCACUGGUACAAAGAUGGCACAGAGCUCAGCGGCUCCAGCCAGCGCUUCCUGCAGGAGGACGUGGGCACAUGGCACCGGCUGGUGGCAGCCUCAGUCAGCAGGCAGGAUGAGGGCACCUACUCGUGCCGCGUGGGUGAGGACUCCGUGGACUUCCAGCUGCGUGUCCAUGAGCCCUCAGCCAUGUUUGCUAAGGGGCAGCCGGCAUGCAGUGCGGUGCAGGCCAAGGCGGGGACCAGCGCCACGCUGAGCUGUGAGGUGGCCCAGGACAAGACGGAGGUGACAUGGUACAAGGAUGGGAAGAAGCUGAAUGCCAGCUCCAAAGUGCAUAUGGAGGCCAAGGGCUGCAGCAGGAGGCUGGUGGUGCAGCAGGCGGGGAAGGCGGAUGCUGGGGAGUACAGCUGCGAGGCGGGGGGAGAGAAGGUCUCCUUCCACCUGGAUGUCACAGAACCUGUAUUGGUGUUUGCCAAGGGGCAGCCAGCACGCAGUGAGGUGCAGACCAAGGUGGGGGCCAGUGCCACGCUGAGCUGCGAGAUGGCCCAGGACAAGACAGAGGUGACAUGGUACAAGGACGGGAAGAAGCUGAGUGCUAGCUCCAGAGUGCACGUGGAGGCCAAGGGCUGCAGCAGGAGGCUGGUGGUGCAGCAGGCAGGGAAGGCGGAUGUCGGGGAGUACAGCUGCGAGGCGGGGGGCCAGAAGGUGUCCUUCCACCUGGACGUCACAGAGCCCUCAGCCAUGUUUGCUAAGGGGCAGCCAGCAUGCAGUGAGGUGCAGGCCAAGCUGGGGGCCAGCGCCACUCUGAGCUGCGACGUAGCCCAGGACAAGAUGGAGGUGACAUGGUACAAGGACGGGAAGAAGCUGAGUGCCAGCUCCAGAGUGUGCAUGGAGGCCAAGGGCUGCAGCAGGAGGCUGGUGGUGCAGCAGGCAGGGAAGGCGGAUGCCGGGGAGUACAGCUGUGAGGCCGGGGGCCAGAAGGUGUCCUUCCGCCUGGACGUCACAGAGCCCACAACCAUGUUUGUCAAGGAGCAGCCAGCACACAGUGAGGUGCAGGCCAAGCCAGGGGCCAGUGCCAUGAUGAGCUGUGAGGUGGCCCAGGACAAGACAGAGGUGACAUGGUACAAGGACGGGAAGAAGCUGAGUGCCAGCUCCAGAGUGCACGUGGAGGCCAAGGGCUGCAGCAGGAGGCUGGUGGUGCAGCAGGCGGGGAAGGCGGACGCUGGGGAGUACAGCUGCGAGGCGGGGGGCCAGAAGGUGUCUUUCCACCUGGAUGUCACAGAGCCUGCAGCCAUGUUUGCCAAGGGGCAGCCAGCACACAGUGAGGUGCAAGCCAAGGCGGGGGCCAGUGCCACACUGAACUGCGAGGUGGCCCAGGACAAGACGGAGGUGACAUGGUACAAGGACGGGAAGAAGCUGAGUGCGAGCUCCAAAGUGCACGUGGAGGCCAAGGGCUGCAGCAGGAGGCUGGUGGUGCAGCAGGCAGGGAAGGCGGACGCCGGGGAGUACAGCUGCGAGGCGGGGGGCCAGAAGGUGUCCUUCCGCCUGGACGUCACAGAGCCCUCAGCUGUGUUUUCCAAGGAGCAGCCAGCACACAGUGAGGUGCAGGCCAAAGCGGGGGCCAGUGCCACACUGAACUGUGAGGUGGCCCAGGACAAGAUGGAGGUGACGUGGUACAAGGACGGGAAGAAGCUGAGUGCGAGCUCCAAAGUGCACAUGGAGGCCAAGGGCUGCAGCAGGCGGCUGGUGGUGCAGCAGGCGGGGAAGGUGGAUGCCGGGGAGUACAGCUGCGAGGCCAAGGGCCAGAAGGUGUCCUUCUGCCUGGAUGUCACAGAGCCCUCAGUUGUAUUUUCCAAGGAGCAGCCAGCACACAGUGAGGUGCAGGUCAACGCGGGGGCCAGCGCCACACUGAACUGUGAGGUGGCCCAGGACAAGAUGGAUGUGACAUGGUACAAGGAUGGGAAGAAGCUGAGUGAGAGCUCCAAAGUGCACAUGGAGGCCAAGGGCUGCAGCAGGAGGCUGGUGGUGCAACAGGCAGGAAAGGCAGACGCCGGGGAGUACAGCUGCGAGGCUGGGGGCCAGAAGGUGUCCUUCUGCCUGGACGUCACAGAGCCUGUAUCCAUGUUUGCUAAGGAGCAGCUAGCACACAGUGAGGUGCAGGCCAAGAUGGGGGCCAGUGCCAUGCUGAGCUGUGAGGUGGCCCAGGACAAGAUGGACGUGACAUGGUACAAGGAUGGGAAGAAGCUGAGUGAGAGCUCCAAAGUGCACAUGGAGGCCAAGGGCUGCAGCAGGAGGCUGGUGGUGCAACAGGCAGGGAAGGCAGACGCCGGGGAGUACAGCUGCGAGGCUGGGGGCCAGAAGGUGUCCUUCUGCCUGGAUGUCAGAGAGCCCUCAGCUGUAUUUUCCAAGGAGCAGCCAGCACACAGUGAGGUGCAGGCUAAGGCGGGGGCCAGCGCCACACUGAACUGUGAGGUGGCCCAGGACAAGAUGGAUGUGACAUGGUACAAGGAUGGGAAGAAGCUGAGUGAGAGCUCCAGAGUGCACAUGGAGGCCAAAGGCUGCAGCAGGAGGCUGGUGGUGCAACAGGCAGGAAAGGCAGACGCCGGGGAGUACAGCUGCGAGGCUGGGGGCCAGAAGGUGUCCUUCUGCCUGGACGUCACAGAACCUACAGUGGUGUUUGCCAAGGAGCAGCCAGCAUGCAGUGAGGUGCAAGCCAAGGCGGGGGCCAGUGCCACACUGAGCUGCGAGGUGGCCCAGGCCCAGACAGAGGUUACAUGGUACAAGGACGGGAAGAAGCUGAGUACCAGCUCCAAAGUGCACGUGGAGGCCAAGGGCUGUAGCAGGAGGCUGGUGGUGGAGCAGGCAGGGAAGGCGGACGCCGGGGAGUACAGCUGUAUGGCCAAUGGCCAGAAGGUGUCCUUCUGCCUGGACGUCACAGAGUACUCAGCUGUGUUUGCCAAAGAGCAGCCAGCAUGCAGUGAGGUGCAGGCCAAGGCAGGGGCCAGUGCCACAAUGAGCUGCGAGGUGGCCCAGGCCCAGACAGAGGUUACAUGGUACAAGGACAGGAAGAAGCUGAGUGCCAGCUCCAGAGUGCACGUGGAGGCCAAGGGCUGCAGCAGGAGGCUGGUGGUGCAGCAGGUGGGGAAGGCGGACGCCGGGGAGUACAGCUGUGAGGCCGGGGACCAGAAGGUGUCCUUCCACCUGGACGUCACAGAGCCUGGGGCCUGUUUCAAGACCUCAGCCAUGUUUGCCAAGGGGCAGCCAGCAUGCAGUGAGGUGCAGACCAAGGUGGGGGCCAGUGCCACAAUGAGCUGUGAAGUGGCCCAGGACAAGACAGAGGUCACAUGGUACAAGGAUGGGAAGAAGCUGAGUGCGAGCUCCAGAGUGCACAUGGAGGCCAAGGGCUGCAGCAGGAGGCUGGUGGUGCAGCAGGCGGGGAAGGCAGAUGCCGGGGAGUACAGCUGCGAGGCUGGGGGCCAGAAGGUGUCCUUCCACCUGGAUGUCACAGAGAUCUCGGCCGUGUUUGCCAAGGAGCAGCCAGCACACAGUGAGGUGCAGGCCAAGGCCGGGGCCAGCACCACGCUGAGCUGCGAGGUGGCCCAGGAAAAGACGGAGGUGACAUGGUACAAGGAUGGGAAGAAGCUGAGUGCCAGCUCCAGAGUGCACGUGGAGGCCAAGGGCUGCAGCAGUAGGCUGGUGGUGCAGCAGGCGGGGAAGGCGGACACCGGGGAGUACAGCUGCGAGGCGGGGAGCCAGAAGGUGUCCUUCCGCCUGGACGUCACAGAGCUGGAGCCUGAGGCCCCCACUGUGGAGAGACCCGGCCACAAGGAGCCUCUGGUGGUCAAGGAGCACGAGGACAUUGUCCUGACCGCCACGCUUGCGACACCCUCUGUGGCCGCGGUGAGGUGGUUCAAAGACGGCGUGGAGAUUCGCCGCAGUAAGCGGCAUGAGACCACCAGCCUGGAGGACACCCACACCCUGAGAAUCCGCAGGGCCCAAACCUUGGACACGGCAGUCUACAGCUGCCGCGUGGGCGCAGACGGGCAGGAUUUCCCGGUGCAGGUGGAAGAGGUGGCCGCUAAGUUCUGCCGUCCCCUGGAGCCCGUACGCGGGGAGCUGGGCCGCACGGUAACACUGAUCUGCGAGCUGAGCCCACCGCAGGCUGAGGUGGUGUGGCACUGUGGGAGCACGCAGCUCCGGGCAAGCAAGCGCUUCCAGAUGGAAGCCGCUGGGCCCCGGCGGUCUCUCACCGUGUCCGACCUGCGGCUGGAGGAUGCGGGGGAGUAUGCGUGUGAGACCCGUGAUGAUCGUACCAGCGCGCAGCUCACCGUCAGUGCCCCCCGCACGGUCAAGUUCACGCCUGGGUUGAGUGCCAUGGUGGCAGAGGAGGGCCAGGAGGCCACCUUCCAGUGCGUGGUGUCCCCCAGCGACGCAGCAGUCAUGUGGUUCCGGGACGGCGCCUCACUGCAGCCCAGCGAGAAGUUCCUCAUCUCUCAGAGUGGCGCCAGCCACAGCCUGACUAUCUUAGGCCUGACCCUGGAGGAUGCUGGCCAGAUCACCGCAGAGGCUGAGGGGGUCUCAACGGCUGCUCCACUCCGGGUGCGAGAGGCUCCAGUGCUGUUCAGAAAGAAACUGGAGCCACAGACAGUGGAGGAGCAGAGCUCAGUGACCAUGGAGGUAGAGCUGACACGGCCAUGGCCUGAGGUCAAGUGGACGCGGAAUGCCACGGCCCUGGCACCAGGCAAGAAUGUGGAGAUUCACGCCGAGAGCACCAGGCACCGCUUGGUUCUUCAGUGCGUGGGUUUUGAGGACCGUGGCUUUUACGGCUGUGAGACUCCAGACGACAAGACACAGGCCAAGCUCACUGUGGAAAUGCGCCAGGUCCGGCUUGUGCGGGGCCUCCAGGCGGCAGAGGCUUGGGAGCAGGGCACGGCCACCAUGGAGGUGGAGCUGUCACAUGACCACGUGGAGGGCAGCUGGACACGAGACGGCGUGCGGCUGCAGCCAGGGCCCACAUGCCAGCUGGCUGUGCAGGGCCCCAUCCACACCCUCACUCUGUUGGGGCUGCGGCCGCAGGACAGUGGCCUCAUCGCCUUCAAAGCGGAGGGGGUGCACACGUCCGCGAGGCUCACGGUCACUGAGCUGCCUGUGCGGUUCAGCCGCCCUCUGCAGGACGUGGUGGCCACGGAGAAGGACAGAGUGAACCUGGAGUGUGAGCUGUCUCGCCCUAACGUGGACGUGCGCUGGCUGAAGGACGGCGUAGAGCUGCGGGUGGGCAAGACAGUGGGCAUGGUGGCCCAGGGCACGUGCCGGAGUCUCAUCAUUUUCCACUGUGAGCUUGGUGACCAGGGCGUGUACGUGUGUGAUGCUCGUGAUGCUCAGAGCUCAGCCUCCCUGAAGGUGCAAGGUCGCAAUGUUCAGAUCGUGACGCACCUGGAGGAUGUGGAGGUGAUGGAAAAGGAGGGUGCCACCUUCUCCUGCAAGAUCUCUCAUGACGAAGUGCCGGCCCAGUGGUUCUGGGAGGGCAAUAAGCUUCGGCCCAGCGACAACGUGCGCAUCCGCCAGGAAGGAAGGACAUACACCCUCAUCUACCGGAGGGUCCUGGCAGAAGAUGCAGGGGAGAUCAAAUUUGUAGCUGAAAACGCAGAAUCACGAGCCCAGCUCCGAGUCAAAGAGCUGCCGGUAACCAUCCUGCGCCCACUUCGGGACAAGAUCGCCAUGGAGAAGCACCGCGGUGUGCUGGAGUGCCAGAUGUCCAGGGCCAGCGCCCAGGUGCAGUGGUUCAAGGGCCACGUGCAGCUGCAGCCGGGGCCCAAGUAUGAGAUGGUCAGUGACGGCCUCUACCGCAAGCUGAUCAUCAAUGACGUGCAGCCAGAGGAUGAGGACAUCUACACAUGCGAUGCCAGCGAUGUGAAGACCAGCGCCCAGUUCUUCGUGGAAGAGCAAUCCAUCACCAUCGUCCGGGUCCUGCAGGAUGUGACGGUGAUGGAGCCCGCACCCGCCUGGUUCGAAUGCGAGACCUCCAUCCCCUCGGUGCGGCCGCCCAAGUGGCUCCUGGGAAAGACGGUGCUCCAGGCCGGGCCCACCAUCGGCAUGGAGCAGGAGGGCACGGUGCACCGGCUGACGCUGCGGCGUACCUGCUCCACCAUGACCGGGCCGGUGCACUUCACCAUUGGCAAGUCGCGCUCCACCGCGCGCCUGGUGGUCUCCGACAUCCCCAUGGUGCUCACAUGGCCCCUGGAGCCCAAGUCGGGCCGCGAGCAGCAGUCCGUGGUCCUGUCCUGCGACUUCAAGCCGCCCCCCAAGGCCGUGCAGUGGUACAAGGAGGACACGCCCCUGGCGCCCUCAGACAAGUACAAGAUGAGGCUGGAGGGCCACAUGGCGGAACUGCGCAUCCUCAGGCUCACACCCGCAGAUGCCGGCGUCUACCGGUGCCAGGCCGGCAGCGCCCAGAGCAGCGCCGAGGUCACAGUGGAAGCACGCGAGGUUACAGUGAUGAAGCCAAUGCAGGACGCAGAAGCCACGGAGGAAGGCCGCGCCUGCUUCUCUUGCGAGCUGUCCCAUGAGGACGAAGAAGUGGAGUGGUCGCUCAACGGCACACCUCUGUACAACGACAGCUUCCACGAGAUCUCCCACGAGGGCCGUCGCCACACGCUGGUGCUGAAGCGGGUUCGGCGGGCCGACGCCGGCCUUGUGCGCGCCUGCUCCCCCAAGGUGUCGGUCACUGCCCGCCUGGAGGUCAAAGCAAAGCCGGUGGUGUUCCUGAAGGCGCUGGACGAUGUGUCCGCAGAGGAGCGCGGCACGCUGGCCCUGCAGUGCGAGGUCUCAGACCCCCAGGCCCACGUGGUUUGGCGCAAGGACGGAGUGGAGCUGGGCCCUAGCGACAAGUACGACUUCCUGCACACAGCGGGCACGCGCGGUCUCGUGGUGCAUGACCUGAGCCGGGACGACACUGGCCUCUACACUUGCAGCGUGGGCUCGGAGGAGACCCGCGCCAGAGUCAGCGUGCACGACCUGCACGUGGGCAUCACCAAGAGGCUGAAAUCGGCGGAGGUGCCAGAAGGCCAGAGCUGCACCUUCGAAUGUGUCCUGUCCCAUGAGAACCCUGGCGAUGUGGCCACAUGGACAGUUGGCGGGAAGACAGUGGGUAGCUCUGGCCGCUUCCGGGCCACACUCCAGGGCCGCAAAUAUACCCUGGUUGUUCAAGAUGCGGCUCCUGGAGAUGCUGGGGAAGUGGUGUUCUCCGUGCGGGACCUCACCUCCAAGGCCUCCCUCAUCGUUAGAGAGAGGCCAGCGGGUAUCACAAAGCCUCUGGAAGACCAGCAGGCCACUCCAGGUGAGGACGCGGUGCUGAGCUGUGAGCUGUCUCGGGCCGGGACCUCGGUGCGCUGGCUGAAAGACGGGAAGGCCAUUCGCAAGAGUCAGAAGUACGACCUGGUUACAGAAGGCACUCGGGCCACGCUGGUGGUUCGUGCCGUGUCGCUCAAGGAUUCGGGCGAAUACACAUGUGAGACAGAAGCUUCCAAGAGCACAGCAAGCCUCCGUGUGGAAGAAAAGGCCAACCGGUUCACAGACGAGCUGACCGACCUGCAGGUGGAAGAGAAGGGCACAGCUGUGUUUCUGUGCAAGACGGAGCGUCCCGCAACCACAGUGACCUGGCGCAAGGGCCUCACGGAGCUGCAUGCCUCCGGGAAGCACACACCCAGCCAGGAGGGCCUGACCCUGCAGCUCACCAUUAGCACCUUGGAGAGGGCGGACAGCGACAUGUACACCUGUGACAUCGGCCAGGCCUGUUCCCAGGCCCGGCUCCUGGUGCAAGGCCGGAAAGUGCUCAUCACAGAGGAUCUGGAGGACGUGGAGGUGCGAGAGGGCUCCUCGGCCACCUUUUCCUGCCGCAUCUCCCCUGCUGACUAUGGGCCCGUCCACUGGUUCUUGGACAAGACGCCCCUGCACCCGAAUGAGCUUAAUGAGAUUGAGGUUCAGCCAGGUGGCUACCAUGUGCUGACUCUGAGGCAGCUUGCGCUCAAGGACUCAGGCACUGUCCACUUUGAGGCUGGGGACCAGCGGACCUCAGCCACUCUUCAGGUCACAGAAAAGCCAAGUGUCUUCUCCCGGGAGCUCACGGAAGCCACAGUCACAGAAGGGGAGGAUCUUACCUUGGUCUGUGAGACCACCAUCCUGGACAGCCCCGUGUGCUGGACCAAGGACGGGAAGGCCCUGCGGCCAUCAGCCCGGUGCCAGCUGAGCCAGGAGGGCCACCGGGCCCAGCUGGUCAUCAAGGGCACCACCGUGCAGGACGGCGGGCGCUACAAGUGUGAAGCUGGGGGCUCCUGGAGCAGCUCCAUCGUCAGGGUCCAUGCACGGCCCGUGUGGUUCCGCGAGGGGCUGAAGGACCUGGAGGUGCCAGAGGGCCGAGCUGCCACACUGCGCUGUGUGCUGUCAUCUGUGGCCGCGCCUGUGGAGUGGCGCCGUGGAGAUGAGGCUCUGCGGCCUGGAGGCAAGUACAGCCUGCGUCAAGAGGGCGCAGUGCUGGAGCUGGUAGUCCGGGACUUGCGGCCCCAGGACACUGGGCAGUACUCCUGCCACUUUGGGGACCAGAUGACCAUGGCCAUGCUCACAGUGAAGGCCUUGUCUGCUGAGUUCAUAGGGAGACUGAGAAGCAAGGAGGCCUCAGAAGGGGCCACAGCCACGCUGCGCUGUGAGCUGAGCAAGGAGGCCCCCGUGGAGUGGAAGAAGGGGUCCCAGGCCCUCAGAGCUGGGGACAGAGUGAGCCUGAGGCAGGAUGGGACCGUGUGUGAGCUGGAGAUCCGUGGCCUGGCUGUGGCAGACGCUGGGGAGUACUCAUGUGUGUGCGGGCAGGAGAGGACAUCAGCCACGCUGACUGUCAGGGCUCUGCCUGCUGAGUUCAUAGGGAGACUGAGAAGCAAGGAGGCCUCAGAAGGGGACACGGCCAUGCUGCACUGUGAGCUGAGCAAGGAGGCCCCCGUGGAGUGGAGGAAGGGGUCCCAGACCCUCAGAGCUGGGGACAGAGUGAGCCUGAGGCAGGAUGGGACCAUGUGUGAGCUGGAGAUCCAUGACCUGGCCCUGGCAGAUGCCGGGGAGUACUCAUGUGUGUGUGGGCAGGAGAGGACAUCAGCCACACUUACCGUCAGAGCCCUGCCUGCCAAGUUCACAAAGAACCUGAGGAAGGAAGAGGCCAUGGAAGGAGCCACGGCCAUGCUGCGCUGUGAACUGAGCAAGGCAGUUCCUGUGGAGUGGAGGAAGGGUUCCCAGAUCCUCAGAGCUGGGGACAGAGUGAGCCUGAGGCAGGAGGGGACCAUGUGUGAGCUGGAGAUCCGUGGCCUGGCUGUGGCAGAUGCUGGGGAGUACUCAUGUGUGUGUGGGCAGGAGAGGACAUCGGCCACACUGACCGUCAGGGCCCUGCCUGCCAAGUUCACAAAGAGCCUGAGGAAGGAAGAGGCCGUGGAAGGGGACAUGGCCACUCUGCACUGUGAGCUGAGCAAGGCGGUCCCUGUGGAGUGGAGGAAGGGGUCCGAGACCCUCAGAGCCGGGAACAGGGUCACCCUGAGACAGGAGGGGACCGUGUGUGAGCUGGAGAUCCGUGGCCUGGCCUUGGCGGACACCGGAGAAUACUCAUGUGUGUGCGGGCAAGAGAGGACAUCAGCCGUGUUGACUGUCAGGGCACUGCCUGCUCAGUUCAUCCAAGAUCUGAAGACCAAGGAGGCCAUGGAAGGGGCCAUGGCCACACCGCACUGUGAGCUGAGCAAGGCGGUCCCCGUGGAAUGGAGGAAGGGGUCCAAGACCCUCAGAGCUGGGGACAGAGUCAGACUGAAGCAGGACAGAACUGUGUGUGAGCUGGAGAUCCAUGGCCUGGUCGUGUCAGAUGCCAGAGAGUACUCGUGUGUGUGUGGGCAGGAGAGGACAUCAGCCACGCUGACUGUCAGGGCCAUGCCUGCCAAGUUCACAAAGAGCCUGAAGAAGGAAGAGGCCACAGAAGGGACCACAGCCAUUCUGCGCUGUGAGCUGAGCAAGGUGGCCCCUGUGGAGUGGAGAAAGGGGUCUGAGACCCUCAGAACCAGGGACAGAAUGAGCCUCAGGCAGGAUGGAACUGUGUGUGAGCUGGAGAUCCGUGACCUGGCCUUGGUGGAUGCCGGGGAGUACUCGUGUGUGUGCGGGCAGGAGAGGACAUUGGCCAUGCUGACCAUCAGGGGCCUGCCCCCCAAGUUUACAAAAAGCCUGAAGAAGGAAGAGGCCACUGAAGGGGCUACGGCCACUCUGCGCUGUGAGCUCAGCAAGGCGGUCCCCGUGGAGUGGAGGAAGGGGUCUGAGACCCUGAGAGCUGGAGACAGAGUCAGCUUGAAGCAGGAUGGGACCAUAUGUGAGCUGGAGAUCCAUGGCCUGAUUAUGGAGGAUGCCGGAGAGUACUCAUGUGUUUGCGGUCAGGAGAGGACAUCAGCCACACUGACUGUCAGGGCCCUACCCGCCAAGUUCACAAAGAACCUGUUGAAGGAAGAGGCCACUGAAGGGGCUACAGCCACUCUGCACUGUGAGCUGAGCAAGGUGGUCCCCGUGGAGUGGAGGAAGGGGUCCGAGACUCUCAGAGCCGGGGACAGAGUCAGCCUGAAGCAGGAUGGGACCGUGUGUGAGCUGGAGAUCCAUGGCCUGGCCUUGGAGGACACUGGAGAGUACUCGUGUGUGUGCGGGCAAGAGAAGACAUCGGCCAUGCUGACCGUCAUGGCACUACCUGCCAAGUUCACAAAAAGUCUUGGAAAGGAAGAAGCCACAGAAGGGGCCACAGCCAAGCUGUGCUGCAAGCUGAGCAAGGUAGCCCCUGUGGAGUGGAGGAAGGGGUCCAAGACCCUCAGAACUGGGGACAGAGUCAGCCUGAGGCAGGAUGGAACCAUGUGUGAGCUGGAGAUCCAUGGCCUGGCUGUGGCAGAUGCCGGGGAGUACUCAUGUGUGUGCGGACAGGAGAGCACAUCGGCCAUGCUGACCGUCAGGGCCCUGCCUGCCAAGUUCACAAAGAGCCUGAGGAAGGAAGAAGCCACGGAAGGGGACACGGCCACUCUGCACUGUGAGUUGAGCAAGGCGAUCCCCGUGGAGUGGAGGAAGGGAUCUGAGACCCUCAGAGCCGGGGAUAGAGUGAGCCUGAAGCAGGAGGGGACCGUGUGUGAGCUGGAGAUCCAUGGCCUGGCCUUGGAGGACACUGGAGAGUACUCGUGUGUGUGCGGGCAGGAGAGAACAUCAGCCAUGCUGACUGUCAGGGCCCUGCCCGCCAAGUUCACAAUGAGCCUGAGGACAGAAGAGGCCACAGAAGGGGCCACAGCCAUUCUGCGCUGUGAGCUGAGCAAGGCAGUCCCUGUGGAGUGGAGGAAGGGUACUGAGACUCUCAGAGCUGGGGAAAGAGUGAGCCUGAAGCAGGAUGGGACUGUGUGUGAACUGGAAAUUGGUUGUCUGGCCAUGGCAGAUGCCAGAGAGUACGUGUGUGUGUGUGGGCAGGAGAGAACAUCAGCCACGCUGUCAGGGGUAAACACCAUGUGUGCCUUGCCCACCAAGUUCACAAAGAACCUGUUGAAGGAAGAGGCCAUAGAAGGGGCCAUGGCCACUCUGCGCUGUGAGCUGAGCAAGGCGGUCCCCGUGGAGUGGAGGAAGGGAUCCGAGACCCUCAGAGCUGGGAACAGAAUCAGCCUGAGGCAGGAUGGGACCGUGUGUGAGCUGCAAAUCCGUGGCCUGGCUUUGGCGGAUGCCGGAGAGUACUCAUGUGUGUGCGGGCAGGAGAGAACAUCAGCCACGCUGUCUGUCAGGGCCCUGCCCGCCAAGUUCACAAGGAGCCUGAGGACAGAAGAGGCCACAGAAGGGGCCACAGCCAUUCUGCUAUGUGAGCUAAGCAAGGUGGCCCCUGUAGAGUGGAGGAAGGGGUCCGAGACCCUUAGAGCUGGGGACAGAGUGAGCCUAAAGCAGGAUGGGACAAUGUGUGAACUGGAGAUCCGUGGCCUGGCCGUGGCAGAUGCCGGAGAGUACUCGUGUGUGUGCGGGCAGGAGAGAACAUCAGCUAUGCUGACUGUCAGGGCCCCGCAGGUGGUGUUCAAGGAGCCGCUGCAGAGCAUGCAGGCUGAGGAGGGUGCCUCAGCCACCCUGCGGUGUGAGCUGUCCCAGCCCAAUGCUGCUGUGGUCUGGAGCAAGGGCGGUCUGGAGCUGCAGGCUGAUGGGCGCCGGGAGCCUCGGCAGCGGGGCCACACUGCAGAGCUUAUGCUUCGGGACCUGCGCAGAGAGGACGCGGGCGAGUACACCUGUGCCUGUGGACCUCAGGCCACCAGUGCUGCCCUCACCGUUACAGCUGCACCAGUGCACUUCCUCCGGGAGCUGCAGGCCCAGGAGGUGGAUGAAGGUGCAACAGCCCACUUGCGCUGUGAGCUGAGCCGAGAGGGCGCUAGCGUGGAGUGGCGCAAGGACUCCCUGCAGCUCUUCCCUUGUGCCAAGUACCAGAUGGUGCAGGAGGGAAGGGCUGCUGAGCUGCGGGUGCAUGGCACCGAGCAGGAGGACGCCGGCCAUUACACCUGUGACACAGGCCACGCACAGAGCACGGCCAGCCUCUCCGUCCGAGCCCCUAGGCCCAUAUUCCAGAUGGAGCUGCAGAGCACAGGGCAGGAGGCCGGCAGUGUGGCCCGGCUACACUGCCAGCUGAGUGAGGCAGAGCCCGGCGUCCCGGUGCAGUGGCUUAAGGAGGGUGUGGAGCUGCAUAUGAGCCCCAAGUACGAGAUACGGCGUGUGGGGACCACGUGUGAGCUGCUGAUCCACGGGCUGGAGACCAAGGACACCGGCGAGUACGUCUGCGUGGCCGGUGGUCAGAAAACCGUGGCCUCUGUCAUGGUCAAAGAGCCCGAGGUGACCAUUGUGCGGGGGCUGGAGGAUGCUGAGGUGCAGGUUGAUGGGGACGUGGAGUUCCGUUGCCAGCUGUCACGGGCCGGGGCCACAGAGGUGGAGUGGCGCCUCCAGGGCCUACCACUGCAGAACAAUGAGGUGACGGAGCUGGCCGUGCAGGGUGGCUGCACCCACACUCUGAGGCUGAAGGGUGUGACCCCUGAGGACGCAGGCAUCGUCUCCUUCCACGUGGGCGCCCACACAUCCUCUGCCCAGCUCACUGUCCGAGUCCCCGAGGUGAGCAUCCUGGAGCCCCUGCAGGACGUGCAGCUCAGUGAAGGCCAGGACGCCCACUUCCGGUGCCAGCUGUCUAGGGCCUGCGGCCAGGAGGCCUGCUGGGCCCUGGGAGGGGUGCCCCUGCAGGCCAACGAGAUGAACGACAUCACUGUGGAACACGGCACGCUGCACCUGCUCACUCUGCAUAAGGUGACCCUGGAGGAUGCUGGAACCAUUAGUUUCCAAGUGGGCUCGUGUAGCUCUGAGGCCCAGCUGAAGGUCACAGCCAAGAACACCGUGGUGCGUGGCCUGGAGAACGUGGACGCACUUGAAGGCGGCGAGGCGCUGUUCGAGUGCCAGCUGUCCCGCCCCGAGGUGGCCACUCACACCUGGCUGCUGGACGACGAGCCUGUGCGAACCUCCGAGAACGCGGAGGUGGUCUACUUCGAGAAUGGCCUGCGGCACCUGCUGCUGCUCAAAAACCUGCGUCCGCAGGACAGCUGCCGGGUGACCUUCCUGGCGGGGGACGUGGUGACCUCCGCGUUCCUUACAGUCAGAGGCUGGCGCCUGGAAGUACUGGAGUCCCCGCAGGAUGCGGCCGUGAGAGCUGGUGGGCAGGUCCGCUUCAGGUGCACGCUCAGCGAGGCGGUGCCGGUGGGCGAGACGACGUGGUACAUCAACGGGGCCGCAGUGCAGCCGGACGACCCCGACUGGAUGGUCACCGCAGACGGCAGCCACCACACCCUGCUGCUGCGCGGUGCGCAGCCACACCACGCUGGCGAGGUCACCUUCGCCGCCCGCGACGCCGUGGCCUCCGCGCGGCUCACCGUGCUAGGCCUCCCAGACCCUCCAGAGGACGCAGAGGUGGUGGCGCGCAGCGGCCGCUCCGUGACACUGUCAUGGGUGGCGCCUGCAAGCGACGGUGGCGGCGGUCUCUGCGGCUAUCGGGUGGAGAUGAAGGCGGUGGCCACCGGCGAGUGGCGGCUGUGCCACGAGUUGGUGCCUGGGCCCGAGUGCGUGGUGGACGGCCUGGCCCCGGGAGAGACCUACCGCUUCCGCGUGGCGGCAGUAGGCCCAGCGGGGGCUGGGGAGCCUGUGCACCUGCCCCAGAUGGUGAAGCUCGGUGAGCCCCCGCCCCCGUGCCUGCGGCCCCUGCCUCCUGCGCCUCCCGCUCUCGAGAGCCGGCAGGUGGCUGCCGGCGAGGACGUGUUCCUGGAGUGCGAGGUGGCCGAGGCAGGUGAGGUCGUCUGGCUGAAGGGGACAGAGGUCAUCCAACCCAGCGGGCGCUUCCAGGUCCUCUGCCAGGGUCAGCGGCAGACGCUGGUGAUCCAGAGCUUCUCAGCGUUGGACCAGGGGGAGUACCAUUGCGGCCACGCCGGGGAACAGGCCUCCUCUGCAGCCGCCUCUUUCCGGGUGGUGCUGUCCCCAGGAUCUGGGGACGAGGCCCCUGCACAGCCCAGGCUGCCCCCCGAAGCAGCCCAGGAGGGUGACCUGCACCUGCUGUGGGAGGCCCUGGCCCGGAAGCGCCGCAUGAGCCGUGAGCCCACGCUGGACUCCAUCAGUGAGCUGCCUGAGGAGAAUGGCCGUUCACCACGCCUGCAGCAGGAGGUGGAAGAAGCGGCCCCAGACCUCUCUGAGGACUACUCCACAGCCGAUGAGCUGGCACGCACUGGCGAGGCCGACCUCUCACACACCAGCUCUGAUGAUGAGUCCCGGGCAGGCACUCCCUCCCUGGUUACCUACCUCAAGAAGGCUGGGAGGACCAGCACCUCUCCACUGGCCAGCAAGCUUGGGAUCCCUGCAGUUGGGAAGCCACUGAAGCAUCAGGAACAGCCAACUGCAGGUCACCCACCUCCGGGAGAUCUGAGGGCUGCGGACUUGGGUGACCCGUCCAUGGACAAGGCAGCAGUGAAGAUCCAGGCUGCCUUUAAAGGCUACAAAGUCCGCAAAGAGAUGAAACAGCAGGAGGGACCCGUGUUCUCCCGCACAUUUGGGGAUACCGAGGCACAGGUGGGGGAUGUCCUGCGUCUGGAGUGUGUGGUGUCCAGCAAGGCGGACGUACGUGCUCGCUGGCUGAAGGACGGCAUGGAGCUGACUGACAGCCGGCACCACCACAUCGACCAGCUUGGGGACGGCACCUGCUGUCUCCUGGUCACGGGCCUGGGUCGUGGGGACGCCGGCCGCUACACCUGCCAGGUGAGCAGCAAGUUCGGCCGCGUGGCCCACAGUGCCUGUGUGGUGGUCAGCGGGACGGAGAGUGAGGCGGAGAGCUCCUCAGGGGGCGAGCUGGACGACGCCUUCCGCCGGGCAGCCCGACGGCUGCACCGUCUGUUCCGCACCAAAGGCCCGGCGGAGGUGUCGGACGAAGAGAUCUUCCUAAGUGCAGACGAGGGCCCGGCGGAACCGGAGGAGCCGGCAGACUGGCGGACAUACCGCGAAGAAGAACACUUUGUCUACAUUCGCUUCGAGGCUCUUGCCGAGGCCCACCGUGCGGCCACCUGCUUCCGAGAAAUGUUUGGCACGAUGGGUAUUGGCGUGGACAUCAGCCUGUUGGAGCAGGGGCCCCGGGGGGUGGAGAUGCGCAUCAGCAAGGUGGCUCCUGCCCCAGUCACAGCUCAAGAGGUGGUGCCCCGGCCGCUGACCUCAGAGGCUGCCCCGGUGUUCCUGACUGAGCUGCAGAAUCAGGAGGUGCAGGACGGGUACCCCGUGAGCUUCGACUGUGUGGUGACAGGCCAGCCCGUGCCCACCGUGUGCUGGUUCAAGGAUGGCAGGAUGCUAGAGGAGGAUGACCACUACAUGAUCAGUGAGGACCAGCAAGGCGGCCACCAACUUAUCAUCACGGCAGUGGUGCCAGCAGACAUGGGUGUCUACCGCUGCAUGGCUGAGAACAGCAUGGGUGUGUCAUCCACCAAGGCGGAGCUCCGUGUGGACCUGACUAGCACAGACUAUGAAACUGCAGCUGAUGCCACAGAGACCUCCUCUUACUUCAGCGCCCAAGGCUACCUGUCCAGCCGGGAGCAAGAGGGGACGGAAUCUACCUCAGAGGAGGGGCAGCUGCCCCAGGUGGUAGAGGAGCUGAAGGACCUCCAGGUGGCCCCUGGCACGCGCCUGGCCAAGUUUCAGCUCAAGGUGAAAGGCUACCCAGCGCCCCGGCUGUACUGGUUCAAAGACGGGCAGCCCCUGACGGCUUCUGCACACAUCUGCAUGACUGACAGGAAGACGCUUCACACCCUGGAGGUUGUAUCGGUCACCAGGGAGGAUGCCGGCCAGUACUCAGCCUACAUCAGCAACACCGUAGGCGCUGCCUACUCAUCAGCCCGGCUGCUGGUCCGAGGCCCCAAAGAUCCUGAAGAGAAGCCGGCAUCGGAUGUGCACCAGCAGCUGGUGCCGCCUCGAUUCCUGGAAAGAUUCACCUCCAAGAAAGUGAAGAAAGGCUCCAGCAUCACCUUCUCAGUGAAGGUGGAAGGAUGUCCGGCCCCAGCCGUGCACUGGCUGCGGGAGGAGGCUGAGCGAGGAGUGCUGUGGAUUGGCCGUGACACACCAGGCUACACGGUGGCCAGUUCUGCACAGCAGCACAGUCUGGUCCUGCUGGAUGUGAGCAGACAGCACCGAGGCACAUAUACCUGCAUCGCCAGCAAUGCUGCGGGCCAGGCCCUCUGCUCCGCCAGCCUGCACAUCUCUGGCUUGUCCAAGGAGGCAGGGGCAGCAGAGGAGCAUGUUGGGGUGAAGGAGGCCCUCAUCUCCACCUUCCUGCAGGGGACCCAAGCCGUCUCCACGCAGAUGUCAGAACCCACAGGUUUCACUGACCUUGCCGGGCAGAGGAAAGAGCCCCCAGUGGUGGAGGCCCGUGGCCACUUGUCCCUGGCUGAAGUGGGCACAGAAGAGUUCCUGCAGAAGCUCACCUCUCAGAUCACGGAGAUAGUGUCGGCCAAGAUCACGCAAGCCAAGCUGCAGGUGCCUGGAGGUGACAGUGACGAGGAAUCUAAGACGCCGUCUGCAUCCCCCUGGCAUGGCCGUUCCCGCCCCUCCUCCAGCGUGCAGGAGUCAUCCUCGGAAUCGGAGGAUGGGGACUCCCGCGGCGAGAUCUUCGACAUCUACGUGGUCACAGCUGACUACCUGCCCCUGGGGGCUGAGCAGGACGCCAUCUCACUGCGGGAGGGCCAGUAUGUGGAGGUGCUGGACUCGGCCCACCCACUGCGCUGGCUCGUGCGCACCAAACCCACCAAGUCCAGCCCCUCACGGCAGGGCUGGGUAUCCCCUGCCUACCUGGACAGGCGGCUCAAGCUAUCACCUGAGUGGGGGCCCACUGAGGCCCCCGAGUUCCCAGGGGAGGCUGUGUCUGAGGAUGAAUACAAGACAAGGCUGAGCUCCAUCAUCCAGGAGCUGCUGAACUCCGAGCAGGCCUUUGUGAGCAAGCUGCAGUUCCUACAGAGCCACCACAUGCAGCACCUGGACUGCUGCCCCCACGUGCCUGCCGCCGUGGCCUCCCAGAAGGCUGUCAUCUUCCGAAACGUGCAGGACAUCAGCCACUUCCACAGCAGCUUCCAGAAGGAGCUGCAGCAGUGUGACACAGAUGACGAUGUGGCCAUGUGCUUCAUCAAGAACCAGGCGGCCUUUGAGAAGUACCUGGAGUUCCUGGUGGGCCGCGUGCAGGCCGAGUCAGCAGUGGUCAGCACGGCUGUGCAGGAGUUCUACAAGAAAUACACGGAGGAGGUGCUGUCAGCCGCAGACCCCUCUCAGCCGCCGCCGCCGCCCCUGCAGCACUUCCUGGAGCAGCCAGUGGAGCGUGUCCAGCAGUACCAGGCCCUGCUAAAGGAGCUGAUCCGCAACAAGGCGAGAAACCGGCAGAACUGCGCGCUGUUGGAGCAGGCGUACGCCGUGGUGUCGGCCCUGCCGCAGCGCGCUGAGAACCAGCUGCACGUGUCGCUCAUGGAGAACUACCCGGGCACCCUGCAGGCCCUGGGCGAGCCCAUCCGCCAGGGCCACUUCAUCGUGUGGGAGGGGGCGCCAGGUGCGCGGAUGCCCUGGAAAGGCCACCACCGGCAUGUCUUCCUGUUCCGCCACCACCUGGUGGUCUGCAAGCCCAGACGGGACUCCCGCACCGACACCUUCAGCUACGUCUUCCGGAACAUGAUGAAGCUGAGCAGCAUCGACCUGAACGACCAGGUGGAGGGUGACGACCGUGCCUUCGAGGUUUGGCACGAGCGAGAGGACUCUGUGCGCAAGUACCUGCUGCAGGCACGGACCGUCAUCACCAAGAAUUCCUGGGUGAAGGAGAUCUGUGGCAUCCAGCAGCGCCUGGUCCUGCCUGUGUGGCAACCCCCAGAUUUCGAAGAGGAACUGGCGGACUGCACAGCUGAGCUGGGCGAGACUGUCAAGCUGGCCUGCCGUGUGACAGGCACACCCAAGCCCAUCGUCAGCUGGUACAAAGAUGGGAAGCCAGUGGAGGUGGACCCUCACCACAUCCUCAUCGAGGACCCCGAUGGCUCGUGUGCCCUCAUUCUGGACAACCUGACUGGAGUGGACUCCGGCCAGUACAUGUGCUUCGCAGCCAGUGCUGCAGGCAAUGCCAGCACCCUGGGCAAGAUCCUGGUGCAAGUUCCCCCACGGUUUGUGAAAAAGGUUCGGGCGGUGCCCUUUGUGGAGGGAGAGGAUGCUCAGGUCACCUGCACCAUCGAAGGCGCCCCACACCCCCAGAUCAGGUGGUACAAGGAUGGGGCCUUGCUGACACCCAGCAGCAAGUACCGAACCCUGAGUGAGCCCCGCAGCGGCCUGCUGGUGCUGGAGAUCUUGGCAGCCAGCAAGGAUGACCUGGGCCACUAUGAGUGUGAGCUGGUGAACAGGCUGGGCUCUGCAAGGGGCGGGGCAGAGCUGUGCAUGCAGAGCCCUGCCAUGAGGGCCCGGGAACAACGUCGCAGGGAGCAGCUUGCAGCUGUGGAAGAUGUUGUUGCCCCUCCCCCAGUUGCCCUGGAGACAACAGACCAGGAGAUUACAUCUGUUCCAAGGACGCUGGUGUGCCCCAAAGCUCCAGGACCCUCCACAGGGGACCAUGCUGGCUCCAGCCCUGGCUCUAGGGGAGCACCCAAACUCCAGGAGGCUGGCCCCCAACUCCCAGGCACAGAGGCUGCAGAUGCAUCUGGUGUGCUCCAGAAGGUGCCAGAGCCUCUCCCCCAGGAGGGCCAGGAGCAGGAGGUGGGGGCCCACGCUGAGGCCCAGGGACUCACUGUGCCUAUCCGGAUGGAGGGCACAGCCUGGCCGGGGGCAGGCGUGGUGGAGCUCUGGGACAUCCAUAGCCAGGUGUUCACGGAGACCAAGCAUCGGACAUACGUGUACCAGGCCAGCGACACGGGUGCCACAAGGCCCCCGUCCAUGCAGGUCACUAUUGAGGAUGUACAGGCACAGAGGGGCAGCAUGGCGCAGUUCCAAGCGGUCAUCGAGGGCAACCCGCAGCCCACAGUGACCUGGUACCGGGAUGAUGCCCAGCUGGUGGAUGGUGCCCGGCUCAGCCAGCAGCAGGAAGGGACCACAUACUCCUUGGUGCUGAGGGAUGUGACCCAGCAGGACGCUGGCGUCUACACUUGUCUGGCCCAAAAUGCUGGUGGCCAGGUGCUGUGUAAAGCGGAGCUGGUGGUCCAUGGGGGAGACAGCCAGCCUGACUCUGAGAAGCAAAGCUAUCGAAGGAAGCUGCACUCCUUCUACGAGGUCAAGGAGGAAAUUGGAAGGGGCGUGUUUGGCUUUGUGAAGAGGGUGCAGCACAAGGGAAACCAGAUGUUCUGUGCAGCCAAGUUCAUUCCCCUGCGGAGCAGGACGCGUACUCAGGCUUACCGCGAGAGAGACAUCCUGGCCACGCUCAGCCACCCACUGGUCACAGGGCUGCUGGACCAGUUUGAGACCCGGAAGACCCUGAUCCUCAUCCUGGAGCUGUGCUCCUCAGAGGAGCUGCUGGACCGGCUGUUCAAGAAGAGUGUCGUGACAGAGGCUGAGGUCAAGGUGUACAUCCAGCAGCUGGUGGAGGGGCUGCAGUAUCUGCACAGCCAGAGUAUUCUCCACUUGGACAUAAAGCCCCCAAACAUCCUGAUGGUGCAUCACGCUCGGGAGGACAUUAAAAUCUGCGACUUUGGCUUUGCCCAAAAAAUCACCCCAGAGGAGCCACAGUACAGCAAGUAUGGCUCCCCGGAGUUUGUGUCCCCUGAGAUCAUUGAGCAGACCCCUGUGAGCGAGGCCUCCGACAUCUGGGCCAUGGGGGUCAUCUCCUACCUCAGCCUGACCUGCUCGUCACCAUUUGCUGGUGAGAGUGACCGAGCCACCCUCCUGAAUGUGCUGGAGGGGCGGGUGUCUUGGAGCAGCCCCAUGGCUGCCCACCUCAGCGAGGAUGCCCAGGACUUUAUCAAGGCUGCCCUGCAGAGGGCCCCAGAGGCCCGACCCAGUGCAGCCAAGUGCCUGGCCCACCCCUGGUUCCAGAAGUCCAUACCCGCAGAGGAGGCCCACUUCAUCAACACGAAGCAACUCAAAUUCCUGCUGGCCCGCAGCCGCUGGCAGCGCUCCCUGAUGAGCUACAAGUCCAUCCUGGUGAUGCGCUCCAUCCCUGAGCUGCUCCAGGGCCCACCCGACAGCCCAUCCCUCGGGGUGGCCAGGCACCUGCGCGGCGACGCCAGCGCCUCCUCCAGCAGCUCGUCCUCGUCCUCAGACAACGAGCUGGCACCUUUCGCCCGGGCCAAAUCGCUGCCGCCCUCUCCGGUGACCCACUCCCCACUGCUGCACCCGCGGGGCUUCUUGCGGCCGUCCGCCAGCCUGCCCGAGGAGGCCGAGGCUUGCGCGCCCGCCGCCGCCGCGCCUCCGCCCGCGUCGUCCCCAGGCGCAGAGGGGCCGGCCGCCCCGGGCUGCGUGCCCCGGCAGAGCGUCAUCCGCAGCCUCUUCUACCAGCAGGCGGGCGAGGCCCCGGAGCGCGGAGGCCCCGCCGCGGGCGGCAGGCGGCACCCCGCGCGGCGGAGGCACCUGCUCAAGGGCGGCUACUUCGCCAGGGCCCUGCCCGGCCUGCGGGAGCCGCUGCUGGAGCAUCGCACGCUGGAGGAGGAAGCCGCCCGGGAGGAGCAGGCCGCUCUGCUGGCCAAAACGCCCUCCUUCGAGACAGCCCUGAAGCUGCCCGGCUCCAGCGCCCGCGGGGCUCCCUGCCGCAGCCGCUCCCUGGAGCUCGACCGGCCACACUCCCCCAGCUCCUCCGCUGAGGCCUGUGAGGGGGGGCAGUGCCCUGGCCCGGCCCUCUCGGGCCUGCAGACAGGGGAGAGCCCGCCGGGAGGUGGCACAUGUGCCAGGGAGAUUGAGCGUCCAGAGGGAUCCUGGCAGGAGCCAAGACUAUUGCCGUCCAUCGGGGACCACCCGGGGGCCGCUCAGCAAGAGAGAUCAUCCCAGGACAGCUGUGCGGGGCAGCCCGCCCCUUCCUUCCAUCCCCAGUGGGGUCCUGCUCCCUUGCAAGGCUGUGGCCCCCCUAAGGCUGUUACACCGCAACUUUCUGGCUCCUUCCCUUCAGAGCAGUGCUCAGGGCCCCAACGGGCAUCCUUGAGCACCUUCCCCUUGGGGGACACCCAGUCCCCCGUCUUUCCAGCCCAAGAAAGCCCCCAGCCAGGCUCUAUGGAGGGACCAAAGGAGACCCGUCUCCCCAGGAGGCUGAGUCCCCCUAGCUCCCCAGGGCUGGCCUCCCUGGUGGGCAUGGAGCCUGGCCCCUCCCAGGAUACUGAGGUCAAGGCCCUGGAGCCGGAGGAUGCAUCAGAGCCGGAGCCCAGCCCACAGUGGCCUCAGGAGCAGGCCACCACACGGAAGUUCUCCCUGGGGUGGCGUGGGGGCUAUGCAGGAGUGGCUGGCUACGGCACCUUUGCCUUUGGUGGGGACGCAGGGGGCAUGCUGGGCCAGGGUCCCCUGUGGGCCAGGAUGGCCUGGGCCACCUCUCAGUCCUCAGAGGAGCAUGACGAUGCUGGGGCCAAGAGCCCGCCACCCCAGGCCACUGCAGCGCCCCUUCCUGAGGGCAGCGGGGCACCCCCAAGGGCCUCCCCAGAGCUGAGCUCAUGGGAAGACUUUGGCGGGGGCUCCCAGGUGUCCCUGGUGCAGAUCCGAGACCUGUCUGGGGACUCAGAAGCAGCAGACACCGUGUCCCUGGACAUCUCAGAGGUGGAGCCUGCCUACCUCAACUUGUCCGACCUCUAUGACAUCAAGUACCUCCCUUUCGAGUUCAUGAUCUUCAGGAAGGUCCCCAAGCCUGUGGAAGCAGAGUCACCAUCCUCCCCGGAAUCUGACGCUGAGGAGGAGCUGGCUGAGUUCCCAGAGACCACGUGGCCCUGGCCAGGUGCUCUGGGUCCGCCGGCCAGCUUACAGAUCACAGAGGAACCAGAGGACAUGGAGGCCCUGCUCACGGAGGCUACCAGCAGUAGGAAGCGGAAGUGGUCACCCCCCUCCGGUGGCCUCUUCCACCUCCCCGGGAGGCAUGCACUGGAGGAGCCCCUGGAGCUGGGGCUGCGCCGGAGGGUCAGGGCCUCAGUGGCCCACAUCUCCCGCCUCCUGAAGGGCAGGCCCGAAGGUCCGGAGAAGGAGAGCCCCCCCAGGAAGAAGGCAGGCCUGGCCUCCUUUAGGCUGGCUCUGAAAAGCAGGGACCGAGCACCAUCCUUUCUAAGGGAGCUCUCAGAUGAAACCGUGGUUCUGGGCCAGUCGGUGACUCUUGCCUGCCAAGUGUCAGCCCAGCCAGCUGCACAAGCCACCUGGAGUAAAGAUGGGGCUCCCCUGGAAAGUAGUGGCCGCCUCCUCAUCUCCUCCACGCUCAAGAACUUCCAGCUCCUGACCAUCCUGGUGGUGACUGCUGAUGACCUGGGGGUGUACACGUGCAGCAUGCGCAACACAUUGGGGACCGCAGCCACCACAGCUGUCCUCCGGAAGGCAGAGCGCCCUUUGUCUUCUCCACGCCCCGACAUUGGGGAGGUGUAUGCAGAUGGGGUGCUGCUGGUCUGGAAGCCUGUGGAGUCCUACGGCCCCGUGACCUACAUCGUGCAGUGCAGCCUGGAAGGUGGCAGCUGGAACACGCUGGCCUCUGACAUCUUCGACUGCUGCUACGGAGCCAGCAAGCUUUCGAGGGGCGGCACCUACACCUUCCGGACAGCCUGCGUCAGCAAGGCGGGCAUGGGUCCUUACAGCAGCCCCUCUGAGCCGGUCCUCCUGGGAGGGCCCAGCCACCUGGCCUCUGAGGAGGAGAGCAGAGCCCCACGGCCAGGCCAGCCCCUCCCCAGCACGGAGACCUUCGCCUUCCAGAUGCAGAUCCGAAGGGGCCGCUUCAGCGUGGUGCGGCAGUGCCGGGAGAAAGCCAGCGGACGCGCGUUGGCCGCGAAGAUCGUCCCCUAUCGCCCCGAGGACAGGACUGCUGUACUGCGCGAAUACGAGGCUCUCAAGAGCCUGCGCCACCCUCACCUGGCCCAGCUGCAGGCCGCCUACCUCAGCCCCCGGCACCUGGUCCUCAUCUUGGAGCUUUGCUCGGGUCCCGAGCUGCUCCCCUGCCUGGCGGAGAGGGUCUCCUACUCGGAAUCCGAGGUGAAGGAUUACCUAUGGCAGAUGCUUAGCGCCGCCCAGUACCUGCACGCCCAGCGCAUUCUGCAUCUGGACCUCAGGUCCGAGAACAUGAUCGUCACCGAGUACAACUUACUCAAAGUCGUCGACCUGGGCAACGCCCAGAGUCUCGCCCAGGAGAAGAUCCUGCCCUCUGAGAGGUUCAAGGACUACGUGGAGACCAUGGCUCCUGAGCUCCUGGAGGGCCAGGGUGCCGUCCCGCAGACCGACAUCUGGGCCAUAGGCGUCACAGCCUUCAUCAUGCUGAGCGCAGAGUACCCGGUGAACAGUGAAGGGACACGCGACCUGCAGAAAGCCCUGCGCAAGGGGCUCAUCCGUCUGAGUCGCUGCUACGCGGGGCUGUCCGGAGGUGCCGUGGCUUUUCUCCGGAGCACGUUGUGUGCGCACGCGUGGGGCCGGCCAUGUGCAUCCAGUUGCUUGCAGUGUCCGUGGCUAACCGAGGAGGGCCCUGCGGGCUCCCAUCCGGCAGCUGUCUCCUUCCCCACCACGCGACUUCGAGCCUUCGUGCGCGAGCGAGAGAAGAAGAGGGCGCUGCUGUACAAGAAGCACAACCUGGCCCAGGUGCGCUGAGCACCUGGUCUGGCAGAGAGGGUGCCUGUGUGAUGGGGGAGGUCGCCCUGCUGGGCUGUGCCCCUCAGUCUCCCCUC